UACGAUUUGGAGUUAUCAUCGUCACGUGACAUACAUGUGACUUGUCAUUUAGCACAGCAAAGCACUUAAACAGAAAAUGAUUUAUUUUUGCUUUCUAUUAACUGUUAUGCUAUGCGGUGUAUAUGGUCGCAUGUCUAUCAUCCCAAAAUCUUUCAAAAAUAAAAAUACCGCAUCAGAUUAUGAGUAUAAAACAGAAUAUUUCGUACAACAGAUUGACCAUUUUGGGUUUGCCAAUUUAGAUACAUACAAACAGCGGUAUCUAAUUGCUGAUCAGUACUGGAAUGCCAACGGAGGUCCCAUCUUCUUCUACACGGGGAAUGAAGGGGAUAUCACAUGGUUUUGCAACAACACAGGAUUCAUGUGGGACAUAGCUGCAGAGUUUAAAGCACUGCUGGUGUUUGCUGAACACCGUUACUAUGGGGAAUCUUUACCUUAUGGGCCAGACACAUUCAAGUCACACACCCACCUUAACUACCUUACCUCAGAGCAGGCCCUUGCAGACUUUGCUGUUCUGAUUGGUCAGCUGAAGCGGUCACUGCCCGGGGCUGCAAAUAGCUCUGUGGUGGCCUUCGGGGGUUCCUAUGGAGGCAUGCUAUCUGCCUGGAUGAGGAUCAAGUAUCCCAAUGUGAUUGUUGGUGCCCUAGCAGCGUCUGCCCCUAUCUGGCAGUUUACUGGUAUAACUCCCUGUGAGGCAUUCAACCAAGUUCUUACCAACGCUUUCAAACAGGCGUCGCAGAUCUGUGUGGAGAAUGUACGCAACUCCUGGGCCACUAUCACUAGCAUCGGAGGAACUACUUCAGGGCGGAAAUUCCUCAGCAGCGUAUUCAACCUGUGCAAGCCAAUGUCUCAUCAGUCUGACGUUGAUGACCUCAAGGCAUGGCUGACCGAUGCCUGGACAGACCUGGCAAUGGUCAACUACCCAUACCCUGCAAACUUCCUGGAAAACUUACCUGCAUGGCCAGUGAAGGCAGUAUGCAACAAAUUGUCCUUGCCUGCCGAGGGAGAGGCACUGGUGCAGUAUGUUGCAGACGCGGCCAACAUCUACUUUAACUACACAGGUGACUCUACCUGUCUCAACACGUCACAGCAGGCAACUGGCAACCUGGGGGACCUUGGUUGGGGAUAUCAGAGCUGUACAGAAAUGGUGAUGCCCAUGUGUGCGGACGGUGAGUCAGACAUGUUUGAGCCUAAAUCCUGGAACUUCACAGAUUUCAGUGAGCAGUGUUACAAGCAAUGGAAGACCAGGCCACAGGAAAACUGGAUCACAACGGAAUACUGGGGGAAACAACUCCAGUAUGCUAGCAACAUUAUAUUUAGCAACGGGCUUCUUGACCCAUGGUCAUCGGGUGGGGUCCUGGAGAGCCCAGCGCUGACCCUCAUACCCAUUGUGAUCCCAGAUGGGGCCCACCACCUGGACCUGCGGGCCUCCAACCCCCUGGACACAGCCGCCGUGGUGGCCGCCCGCAUCCAGGAGAAGAACCUCAUCAAAAUGUGGCUCGGUCAGCUGUGACCAGAUCAGAGUGUGGUCAGGAAGGACUACAGCUGUGACCCUUUGGUUGAUUGACUUUGGCAACGUUCAUAGUGCUAUAAUUGUAACCCAUUUAGUCUGUUUCCUAGUAACUGCAUUGAGGAAUUCUACCCAACUCCAUAACGUCAAUGACAAUUGUUAAAAGUAUUCAGGAAAUAAUCCAGAACUCAUAUACCACACUAGUUAAAUUGUUGUUUUUUUGUUUCCUGAAGGUGUUAUUUAAUAUGUUUUUAAUGCAAUUUUUACAAAUCCGUAGUUGUUUUGUUUGGAAGAUAUUAUGUUUUGGUGGACGCUGCCAAUACACCUUUGAUUAACUGGGGCGAGGUAAGUUUAAAAUCUUUGUGUUGCAAUGAAGCAAGCUUUUCCAAGACCUUACUAGAGGGUUUUAUACUAUUAUUGCUAUUUCCUAUCAUUUCAGAUUUUGAUCAUUGUUGAUAGAGACCAUUAAAGUUCAUCGAACAAAUA